CACAAGCACAGGGAUUUCAUCGAGUUUGUCUCAGUUUUCAGUUUCCAUAAAGCAUGAUCAUUUCAUGGUAAUUCCUCGUAUGUGAAGACAGAGGGAAGUGAUGGAGCAAUUGAAAAAAUAAGAGGGGCCUACAGCUUAAUUUUUGGCGGGCAGAAACGGUCACUUUCAAUGAUUUCUCUUUGUUGUUGGUGGUUUUCUCUCCAUGUCCCAUCUAAUCUCACAUGCACUUGCCUUAUUGCUGGCUAGCUAGCUAGAGAAAGAGGAUCUUAUUCUCAUUCUGUAGAAAGAGAAGAAGAAGAAGAAGAAGAAGAAGAAAACGUAGCCUUUCUUUUGGUUUUGUUCAAAUAAAAGGAAAGGGAGAGUGUGGAUUUUGUGACACCCUCGAGCUGUCUUCUUAGGUGCUUGGGUGAAAGAGAAAUUUGCAGAUCUCAUUCAUAUGAAGAGAUCUUUCAGUCUGGUCGAUGUGCUACUGGUACUUGCAAUUUUCAGUCAUAUUACAUGGACUGUCAAGAGCAGCUCACAUUGCAAGCAGGCUCUCUCGAGGGAGAUUCGGCCUCACAGUGUCGCUAUUACCGAAUUUGGUGCCGUCGGAGAUGGUGUCACUCUCAAUACCAAAGCAUUUCAGAAUGCCAUCUUCUACCUCAAUUCGUUUGCUGACAAAGGUGGGGCAAAGCUUUUUGUCCCAGCUGGCCGGUGGUUGACAGGAAGCUUCGAUCUCAUCAGUCACCUAACUUUGUGGUUAGAUAAGGAUGCAGUGAUCCUUGGAUCCAAUAGUUCUGAUGACUGGCCAGUUGUUGAUCCUCUGCCUUCCUAUGGCCGAGGUAGGGAGUUACCUAGUGGAAGGCAUCGAAGCCUUAUACAUGGUCGCAAUUUGACUGAUGUAAUCAUAACAGGUGACAAUGGAACUAUCGAUGGACAAGGAAGUGUAUGGUGGAACUGCUUUAGACGAGAAACUCUUAACUAUACUCGCCCCCAUCUGGUCGAGUUGAUGAACUCGACCGGGGUUGUAAUCUCAAACUUAACUUUCUUGAACUCUCCAUUUUGGACCAUCCACCCAGUAUACUGCAGCCAUGUCAUAGUUCAGAAUGUCACAAUCCUGGCUCCUCUGGAUUCACCAAACACCGAUGGGAUCGAUCCAGACUCUUCCGAUGAUGUUUGCAUCGAAGACUGUUACAUUAGCACCGGUGACGAUCUAAUUGCCAUCAAAAGUGGGUGGGAUGAGUAUGGCAUUUCGUUUGGUCGCCCCAGCACAAACAUUAUAAUCCGCCGGCUUAUUGGAAACAAUCGAAAUGGCUCCGGGAUUGCAAUCGGAAGUGAGAUGUCUGGAGGUGUUUCAGAAGUUUAUGCAGAAAACCUCUACUUUUUCGAUUCUGCCACAGCUAUCUUUAUAAAGACGGCUUCUGGAAGGGGUGGUUAUGUGAGAAAUAUAUAUAUAUCAAAUGUUACCCUGGUUGGUGUUGACACGGCGAUAUGGUUUGAUGGUAAUUUUUCUCAGCACCCGGAUGAGUUAUACGAUCCAAAUGCUCUCCCUGUAAUAGAAAGGAUAACUGUUAAAGAUGUGGUCGGAGAUAACAUAAAAGUUGCAGGCCUCCUCAAAGGGAUAGAAGGAGACACUUUUAAUCAUGUUUGCUUGUUGAAUAUUAGCCUCAACGUAACCUCGGAGUCCCCAUGGAACUGCUCACAUAUACAAGGCUACUCUGCCCUGGUUACCCCAGAAACUUGUGAACCUCUCAAGGAAAGUGUCUACCCCAACCAUUCUUCGGAUUGUUACCAUCUAUCGAACCAUUUGCGGAGUCCCGGUUAUCAAAAUAGAGGCCCUUGGUUGCUUUCUUGGUAAAUUUUGAGACUUUUUCUCUCUUCUUUUUCGGAAGUGGGAAUGUUGAUUCUUUCCAUUUCUCGAACACAACAGCCCGAUAUGUGGUUGUUGACUCAUAAGAUGUUUUUGCGAGUUUUUUUUUCUUUCUUUUUUCUUUGUAAUUUUGUGUGCAGUAACAAGUAAUUGAGUGAUCUGUCAGAGAAAAAAACGAAAUAGAGAGAAGUUUGUACUUGAGAGGCUUUUUUUGGGAGGGGCUUUGGUUUGUUAUAGUCUGAAAUGCCAACAGAUUAAAUCUGGGCUUGUUACUUGGAGCGAAGUAAAAAUUUACUUGAAAGCUGAAUGAUUAAUAGACA